AUGAGCCAGGGCGGCCAAGAUGCGAAGCUCUUUGCGAGGGGCAAAGUCGCGGAACUUCGUCUGGAGCUGAACAGCGGCGGCAAGAAGGACAAGAACUUUUCAGCAAAGAAGACAGCCCUCAAGAAGAUUGUCGCCAACAUGACCAUGAGCAACAAUGACAUGGUAGCGCUAUUCCCGGAUAUCGUGGGCUGUAUGCACAUACCCAGCCUGGAGAUCAAGAAGAUGUGCUUCCUGUAUCUGGUCAACUAUGCCAGGAUAAAACCCGACAUUGCGCUCAAAGCACUACCCAUAAUACAGGAAGACAUGAACGACAACAACCCCCUAGUGAGAGCGCUCGCUCUACGGACCAUGUCCUACGUUCACGUCCGAGAAUUCGUCGAAGCGACAGUACCACACCUCAAGAACCUUUUAAAAGACUCUGAUCCAUAUGUGCGGAAGACAGCGGCCUUUUGCGUGGCAAAACUCUACGACCACGACAGGCACCUGGUGGAAGGCUCAGGUCUCAUCGACAAGCUGAAUGGCAUGUUGCGAGACGAAAACCCCACAGUUGUGUCGAGCGCACUGGCAGGUCUCAUGGAUAUAUGGGAGAGAGGUGAGAACAUCAAGCUCACAAUCGACUAUGCAAGCGCAUCCAAAAUCGUCUCCAUCUUGCCAGAUUGCUCUGAAUGGGGCCAGACGUACAUCCUAGAGGCCAUGAUGAACUAUGUUCCCCAGGACACCUCAGAGGCUGCACUGCUCGCCGAGCGCAUAUCACCACGUCUUUCGCAUUCGAAUUCUGCCGUUGUUCUUACCUGCAUCCGCGUUAUCCUUUACUUAAUGAACUAUAUCCGCGACCAAAAGGUCGUCACCUCUUUAUGCAACAAGCUCUCACCACCGCUUGUCACACUCCUUUCAAAAGGACCCGAGAUUCAAUAUCUAGCACUUCGCAACGCCCUUCUGAUUCUGCAACGGCGGCCAGAGGUUCUGCGCAAUGACAUCCGCGUCUUCUUCUGUAAAUACAACGAUCCUAUAUACGUCAAGGUUACCAAGCUUGAGCUCAUCUUCAUGCUGGCGACUGAGCGGAACAUCAAGGAAGUGCUGACGGAACUUGCCGAGUAUGCUACAGAAAUCGAUGUCGACUUUGUACGCAAGUCAGUGCGAGCCAUCGGCAAGCUGGCUAUCAAGAUCGCUCCGGCAGCACAGCUCUGCAUCAGUACCCUUCUCUCUCUCGUCAGCACAAAGGUCUCAUACAUCGUGCAGGAGGCGACGGUUGUCAUUCGUAACAUCUUCCGCAAGUAUCCUAACCAGUAUGAGUCCAUCAUCUCGACUCUGUGCGAGAACCUUGACUCGCUAGACGAGCCCGAAGCCAAGGCUGCCAUGAUCUGGGUCAUCGGCCAAUACGCGGAUCGAAUAGAAGACUCGGAUGUUCUUCUUGAAGACUUCUUAGAUACGUUCCAGGAGGAGACGCAUGAAGUGCAACUCGCGCUUCUCACAGCGACAGUGAAGCUGUUUAUACAACGACCAACUCGUGGCUCGGCACUUGUACCCAAGGUCCUGAAGUGGGCCACAGAAGAGACAGAUAACCCAGAUUUGCGAGAUCGCGGCUACAUGUACUGGCGUCUUCUCUCUUCUGCCCCAGACGAAGCGAAAAAGGUGGUCAUGGGCGAGAAACCCCCAAUUACAGCCGAAGAGUCUGAGAAGCUCGACCCUGGCACGCUCGAGGAGAUGUGUUUGAAUGUAGGCACACUAGCAACCGUCUAUCUCAAGCCUGUCAACCAAGUCUUCCGCAGCGCACGCCCGAGGAAGUUACAAGACUCGCCAGCUUUGCAAAAGGACGAACUUCCUACCGUCAAGGCAGCACAGCAGGCUCGGGACCGCUCUGUUGCAGAGCGAUCAAGGCUUGACAUUCCGACCAACGGCAAUAGCAAUGGUUCUCUGAGCCCCACGAAUGGCGGUAUGGCAAAUGCAGUCACUGACGCAGACAUGUACUUUGCCAGCGUAGGGCGACAGAGCACGUUUGGCGGUAGCCCGAUUUCAGCAGACCCCGCUGGUGGAGGUGGAUGGGUUGUCAACCAGAACGAACCACAGCACAUGGUUUUGAGUCCUGGCGUGACGGACGGGAAUCAGGAUUUGUUACUUUAA